AUGGACAACGCCGGCAUUGACAAGGAGAUGGAAGAGAGCUGGCGGGAUGUGGACCCAGCAGGGGAUGUCCAACGGGGCGGCGCAACACAACAAGGGAGCAGCGUGCUUAACACGGGUCGCGAGGCGUACCUCCGCACGAAGCAGAUGCUCGACGAGGCCUCCGCGGUGAGCAACACGCUAUUCCUAGACGAAGUCGACAUGUCCCGCCGGUACCAGCGGGCCUACGAGCGCGAGGAUGCCUUGGACGCCGCUGCCGCCGCCGCCGCCGCUGGCGGUAGCGGCGCGGGCGGUAUGCCCGGCGCAAACAGCAGCAGCGGGUCGGGUUUCUUCAACGAGGGCUCGCUGUUCUUUGCUCCCGCUGGCGGCGACGGUAGGGGUUCUUCCUCAGGAGGGGGAGGGGGUGUGUUGGCGGCCGUGGCGGCGGGCAGGAGUGCGCCGCCGGCGGCGGCGGAGAUCCGCCCAGAGGAGAAGCAGUUUUGCGAGGCGUUCCUGGAGCUGCAGGCCUUGCUGAACCGCCUGCCACCGGGGGCGCGUGCGCGGCCGGAACAGAUCAGCGACAUCCUCCAGGACAUGUACGGCUUCGCGGAAGGGGCGGAGGCGGCGGCGUCAGACACCGCCGACCGGCUGCGCGAGCUGCGGGGAAGCGGUGCCCCAGCAGUUGCGGUGGCGGCGGCGGCGGCCCACGAGCUCUCCCUGGAGAAGGACACGUGGGCCCUGCUGCUGAUCAUGAACGGCGUGGAUAAGGAGGACGAGGACAUUUUGGAGGGCAUUCGGCAGCGGGAGGAAGAGGGAGGAGAUGCCAAUGAUCGCAGCGGCGCCCCGCGGGGCCCCAACGCCUCCGACGAAGCGGUGUUGGUCUCGAUGCGCGCCCGGGACGCGGAGUUCCGACGUACAGAGGCAGUGGUGGAGUGGCUGCAGGGGGCCACGCACACGCGACUGAAUGCGCUCGGCCUAGGGGGGGGGGAGGGCGAAGGCCACCUGGGCUGGAGCGACACCCUGGAGUCGUUAGCGGUAGGCGGGGGGCAGAAGAGCGAGGUGGCGCAGAUGCACCCGGACGCCAACCUUCGUAGCGUGAGCCGGGGGGGCUUGAAGGUCAUGCGGCUCGUGGGCCAGGAUGACCUUGACGAGGAAAACCUGCUGCGGUCGGCGUGGGCGCUGGUGCGGGCGGGUAGGCUAAGCGCGGCGAAGCGGCUGUGCGAGAGGCGGGGGCAGCCUUGGCGUGCGGCGGCGAUGGCCGGCGGCGGCGUGGUCGGGACCCGUGUGAUGGAGGGGGAGGAGGAGAGAGAGCUGGAGGAGAUCGAGGCGGGAUAUGGGGCUCUGUAUUCCCCGGGGCAGGGGCUGUGGCAGGAGAUGUGCUGGCAGCUGAGCGUGUCCCUCGAGAGGGGCGCGGACAGCUCGGAGGGGCCGGCGAGGUCGGUGGCGAAGCACGAGGCUGCGCUGUUCGCGCACCUGGCCGGAAAUUCGGAGCUGCUGCUGGAGUCAGACUUGACCCAGUCCUGGCAAGACCAGGCCUGGGUGCGAUUCUCGGCGCUUCUUCAUCUCAAGGUGCUAGACGAGCGCAUCCAGCACCGACGGGUGCAGGCGGCGCGUAGUGCGCUUUACCCCGGGGUCUCAUCGCUGAGGACCGACGAGCAUCUUCUGGAGCAGAUGACGCGGUCAGGACCGCCCACGAGCCACGGUGCGAUCUUCGAGGUGCUAGACGAUAACUCCAGGGGCAGAGUGCGUGCGGAGGGAAAGGGGGUUUACCGGCAGGCCCAGCAAGCAUUAGUUCUCGGAGGCGGAGACAUCCCGCUCUUCCUCAGGAACAUCCUGUGGCGUGUUGCCGCCGGAGGCGCCGAGAGCGCCGACGGUGACAGCGGCGCCGAGGAGGGGAGAGGGGUCGACGACGGUUUUUCGGGGUCCCCGCGGGCGGAAGACAUGCUGCUGCGGUCCCCCCAGCUGCUGCGGUUCGCGGCGCACCUGGCGCUGGUGCUGGCGGCGCAGUGCCCGUACCUGACGACGAUGGAGGAAGGCACGCUAGAGGCGGUGGAGGACGUGGUGCACGCGUACGCCCAGCACUUGGCCAAGGCCCAGCAGGUAUUCCCGGGAUGGUUUCGCGCAGCAGUCUGCAGGCUUCUCGAAGUAUGCAAGCAUGUUAGGCUGGGUAUGCGAGGGGUUUAA